UCAAUGGCAAGUUUCAACAAGUCAGGUCAGGAUAUCGUGAAGUUUCUGGUGGGCCAAGCCGUCACUGCAGGGUGCAAGGGCCGGUACCGGUAUUCGUUCGACAAGCGGCUGAUACCGGUGUGGAUGCUGUACGCGUGUCUGAACGUGUACGUGGUGCACUACAACUACUUGGAGGGCGUGCGGUACGUGGCCGGCUCGUUCCGGACGUGCUUCGAGGAGUCGUACUGCUUCGCGCUGAUCGAGCUGCUCAACCGGAACCUGGGCCCAUCGUCUAACGUGAUGUGCUCCAUGUUCUACGGGCGGUGGCACAAGAUCGCCGGUCUAGCGGGCGCCGAACGGACACUUCAGUUCCUGGAUGACACCCGGGAUGCGGUGCCGCUUGCCGACCGCCGCGGCCUGUCCCGGGCCGUCUGGUACGCCGCGCCCGCGUCCCUCGCCGCGUACGCCUCGAUGUCACAGAUCUACAUGAUAUUAGUGCCGCCGACCGUGGUGGCCGCGUACUGGUUCAACGGCAUGGGCCAGAUGGUCGUCUACAUACUGGUGUUCGUGCAGUACUACGUGUUGGCCCGCGGGUUCAGCCGGGUCAACGACAUGGUCGAGGCGCUGGACGUGGCCCGCGACCCGGUGUCCGCAGGCCGGUUGCUGGCCCGGUUAACUAGCGUCUACGAUGAGCUGUGCACGCUCGCCGGCCACGUGAAUAGGGCUUACGCGCCCGAGAUGCUGCUGCAGUGGGCCUACAACAUCAUCCGCGUCAUUAUGGUCGUGUUCCGACUGAUGGAGAUCGCGUACUCGCUGGACGGCCCCAUGGCCUGGGCCACGCCUUAUCUGCUGGUCCAGCACUUGGGCGAGCUGUUCAUAUUCGUGCUGCAUACGUCGUGCGUGUGCACGGUCGGCGACCGCCUGUCCAGCGAGUCUAAAAGAAUUUUGGCGAGUCUGGAAAAUCUGAGACUUCGUAACAGAGUUAACAUGAAUAUAGAAAUUAAAAAAGCGGUAGACAUUUUUUACGUCCGAGCAACUGCUAGAAACGUUUAUGCAUCGAUUGGCGGUUUUAUUAUAUUCAACAUGAGUCUCAUUAGAUGUGUCUGUUCUGUUUUAGCUACUUAUGUAUUAGUGUUAAUACAAUUUAGAGAUCAAAAAGGAAAUUCAAAGCCUUUGUAUUACAAUUGGAAUUAA